AUGGAUGACCUAACGAGAUCAUGGAGUUGUUUAACACUAUCAGAGUGCGAAGGGUCAAAUCUUCGAAUUUCGGAAGAACAGGCAGCAACAGAGUACACAUUAGCUGCAAAAUUCUUGACAAAGCGAGCCCUCAACAUUGAUGCUAUAGCCAAAACGUUCACACCAUUAUGGAGAUCAGUGAAUGGUUUUAAAAUCAAAAAAGAGGGGGAUCAUGUGGUUUUGUUUACGUUUGAUAAUAAGGAAGAGAUGGAGAAAGUUAUUGGAGCCGAGCCAUGGAGUUUUGAUAAACAUCUCAUGGUACUACAAUGCUAUGAUAGAGAUAUAGACGUGAAGGAUAUGGAGUUUAAUAGAGCUAGCUUCUGGGUGCAAGUUCACGACCUUCCAGUGAGAUUUCGGAGGCGAAAAGUGGCCGAACAAAUAUGUGAGGCGGCAGGGAGGAUUAAUACUUCGACUGAUGAUUCUGAUUUGGAAGGAGAAAACUUUAUGCGAGUUAGAGUCUCAGUGGAUAUCACUCAACCUUUGUGCAGAGGAAGGGUAAUCUCACUUGACAAUGGCAAAGAAUUGUGGGUGUCUUUUAAGUAUGAGCGAUUCCCCAAUCUGUGCUAUUGGUGCGGCUGCCUAACUCACAAUGAUCGUGAUUGUCCUCUUUGGAUUGAGAGUGGAGGAAGCUUGAAAACUGAAUCACAACAGUUUGGUUCCUGGAUUAAGGCAGCGCCGUUUAUGCCUGCAAGGAGAAAUACGGUUAAAGUGCCUGGUUUUUUUGCUAGCAGGAAAUCGGGUGCAUCGACGACGAACAGCGAACCAGUUUAG